UCCCGGUAAAACCACUCCACCAAUAUUUAUACUCCUCCCUCGUCCUCAGUUCCUCGAUCACCUCUCUCUCUCUCUCUCACUCACUUCUUCUCUUCUCUUUUCUUCUCUUCUUCAACGUGGACUUUCUCUUCGACCCAGAAACCAUCUUUGGCUUCUCUCAUCAGAAAUGGAGGUUCAGACUCAGACCCUCCCCGGCUUCGACCACCUUCAGUCAAAGCCUCCGCCUCCAUUCUCCUACUCCCCCAACGCCGUACUCGAUUCCCGCGACUUCCCCACCUCCGAAUGCGACCUCCUCAGCCCCAAGGCGAGUGAGGCCGACGACCCGGGGGGAGAGCAGUCCGAGUCCAAAGCGGCAGUCAAGCUCCAGAAGGUGUACAGGAGCUACCGGACCCGGCGCAGGCUGGCUGACUCCGCAGUCGUCGCUGAAGAGCUCUGGUGGCAAGCGAUUGACUAUGCGAGGCUGAAUCACAGCACCAUUUCUUUCUUUAAUUUCUUGAAGCCGGAAUCUGUGGCUUCUCGCUGGAAGCGUUAUAGCUUGAAUGCUUCUAAGGUGGGAAAGGGAUUGUCUAAAGACGCCAAAGCACAGAAACUGGCCUUUCAGCACUGGAUUGAAGCUAUUGAUCCAAGGCACAGGUAUGGGCAUAGCUUGCAUGUGUAUUAUGAAGAAUGGUGUAAAGCAGAUGCUGGUCAGCCAUUUUUUUACUGGUUGGAUAUAGGAGAUGGGAAAGAGCUUGAUCUCAAACUGUGCCCAAGAUCAGAGCUUCGACAGCAAUGCAUUAGAUAUCUUGGACCUCACGAGAGAAUACAUUACGAGUAUGUUGUUGUUGAUGGGCAAAUUACUCACUCACAAACGGGUGAACUACUUGAUACAAAUGAGGGAUCGAAAGCCAAGUGGAUCUUUGUUAUGAGCACCACGAAGAAACUCUAUGCUGGUGAAAAAAAGAAAGGAGUUUUCCAUCAUUCUAGCUUCUUGGCUGGUGGAGCAACAAUAGCUGCCGGAAGGCUAGCGGUAGAGCAUGGAACUCUGAAGUCAAUUUCUGCAUAUAGUGGACACUAUCGACCCACUGAUGACCGUCUUGACAGCUUCUUAUCCUUUCUCAAGGAAAAUGGUGUGAACCUUGAUGAAGUCCAGAUACGCAAGGCAAAUGAUGAUUCAGAUAAGUAUGAAGGCAAUUCUAAUAAAGGCGGGACUACCUUUAAAUUUUCAACCAACUCUGAAGCUCCCUCUGAACAUGAGAUGCCAAAAGAAAUGGAGAACACCCAAGUCCUGGAAUCCACUGAUUGUCCUAAGACUGACACCAAAAAUAAUUACCAAAGGACUUUAUCUGGCGGUCUUCAGAGUCCAAGAGCUGAAGUGCCUCAGAACAAGAUACUACAGAGGAUCAACUCCAAGAAACAAGCUAAAUCAUACCAACUUGGGCAUCAACUCUCCCUCAAGUGGUCAACGGGAGCUGGACCAAGAAUUGGUUGUGUUGCUGAUUAUCCAGUAGAAUUGAGAAUGCAGGCCUUGGAGUUUGUCAAUCUAUCUCCAAGGUCACCCCAGACACCAUCGCAUAGGAGGUUUGAUGGUCUCACAUCGCCUCACUCGCCUGUAUCAGGCAUCGCAUUGCCUCAUUCACCUGCAUCUGGCAUCGUAUCAUCGCCUACAUCUGUUUCCACCUCAGAUAUCAACCAUGGUGAUUUGACCUCUGCUGAUUGAACAUAUCAUCACUUAGUUUUAUGCACUUUGCCUAAUGGAUGUUAUAGCGAAUGUAGAAUAAUCAUGUACUUCAUCAUUUUUCUGUCAACUUUUACAAUGGUCUUUGCCUUAUCUUAGUUACAUCUUGUCCUAA